AUGCAAAGAGGAGACCAACUGGUUGACGCCAUUUUGGUGUCGGUAGAUAAACGGGAUUUUAAGACUCAUCCUCACCAGUGGAGCACUAUUGUGGACUUUGGAGAAGAGCACCCCACAAUUUUUAGACCACAAUUCAAACAUGGUGACGGUGAUGCUAGACAAAAUGCGAUAUGUUGGGAGAAUCUAGUACAAUCAUUGAAUUCGAUGGGAUUUGGGUUUAGGAGUGUGGAGAAAUGGAAAAUGGCUGUUGGUAGAUGGAAAUCUAAGGUUAAGGCAAAAGCAGCACAGCUGAGGAUCGAGAGCCAAAAACUGGUGGUGGAUGUUUAAAUGCUGCUCCGUUAACAGACACAGAGGCGCGACUAAUGAAAUUAAUUGGUUGGAAAUCAGUAACAGGGAAUAGCAAUGCAGAACUGGGAUUGGGAUCCAUCCGGCCCAUCGCAGCACACCAGCCACUGCCAGAAUUGAAACCCUUCAUAGAAGGAAACACCAGUAAAACUGCAACACCAGAUCCUCAACCUUCUUGCAGCACAGUAUCGAAGUCGCCUCCAACACUAAGGUUACUUAAUCAAGAACCAGCCAGAAAACGUAGUCGACUAUCUAC